AUGAAUGUUCACUUAAAACCGAUCCAUCAUGUCAAUUAUUAUAAAAGACAAUUUAUUGAUGUUCUGACUAUUAUCAGGCAAACAAAACAAACUGAAAAUGAAUGUGAAAAUUCAAUUCUGUCAUCAUUAAUGUUUGUUUGCAAAAUUUUCCAAUCUUUAUUAUCGCGAAUCAUUCAAUUUGUGAAUAAAUCAAAUUUUGGAUGA